AUCGUUGUUUUUUCAAGGAUCUUCUCUUGUAUAAAAUAACCAUUUUUUAAGCCGGCGAAAAAAGCUCAUAGAAAGAAAAACUGUUUGUCGAUCAACAAACCAGAAAAACAUGGGCGACAUCUUGUUGGACUCRUUUUCCUACGAAGCAACGGGUCUUCCACUCCAAGCUUUUGAAAUAUUAGGCCAGCUCUUCGAAGAACAGAAACUCUGCGACGUUGUGCUUCAAGUUGGAGAUAGAAAGAUYAAGUGCCAUCGAGUGAUCUUAGCAUCUUGUAGUCCUUAUUUCCGAGGSAUGUUUACAAACGCAAUGCUGGAAGCCUCUCAAGACAUCAUCUCAAUCCAAGGACUUUCCGAAACAGCUGUUGCGGAGUUAAUAAGAUUUAUUUAUACGAGGAAAAUCACGAUAAACGUUGAUAAUAUCGAGGCUUUACUGAAUGCUUCUGCGGUUCUUCAACUGGAUCUUGUUGUUCAAGCAUGUUGUGARUUUAUGAAGAAGCAUCUUCAUCCAUCAAAUUGUUUGGAAAUGAGAGCAUUUGCUGAGCUACACGGAUGUACAGAUUUUCUUCAUGUAGCUGAUGCUUUUUCAAGGCGUUGCUUUGCRUCUUUAGUAAAUACAGAUAUGUUUUUGAAACUCUCUGAGAAACAUUUGCUUCAAAUAAUAUCAGGCAUCGACCUCUAUGUGAAGCGAGAGGAACAUGUCUUUGAAGCUAUAUUGAAGUGGGUUUACUUCAACUCUGAAAAAAGAACCCAGUUUCUUCCCGAAUUGCUUUCACAAAUCCGUCUUCCUUUGUUACCAACUAAAUAUCUAUUGACGAAUGUAGAAUGCAAUGAAUUGAUACGUCAAAAUCUGAAUUGCAGAAACUAUAUCGAUGAAGCCAAGAAUUACAAACUAAGCCCUGCUAAUGUUAGUUGUUUUAGAACUCAACCCAGAAAGAUUACAGCUGGCGCACUGUUUUCUGUAGGAGGGAGAGGAAAAACUGGUGAGCCAUUCCAGUGUAUCGAAUGCUACAACUGGUUUGAYGACUCGUGGUUCCCAACAGCAAGACUUUCAACRCCAAGAAGACAUGUUGCUGUUGCAGCUUUGAAUGGACUUGUUUAUGCCAUAGGAGGACAUGAUGGUGURCAGCACUUAAAUUCAGUAGAAUGUUUUGAUCCUGUGAAUAACAGAUGGUGUGAUGUUGCAGCUAUGACGACAUAUCGAMGAGGGAUGUCAGCAGGGGUGUUGGGAGGAGUUAUUUAUGUAGCAGGGGGUCUGGAUGAAUCAACUUGCUUUGAAACUGUUGAAAGGUAUGAUCCUGAGGCCAAUGAGUGGAGCUUAGUGUGCCCCAUGUUGCAAAGACGUGGUGGUGUAGGAAUAGCUGGCCUCGACGGGUACCUGUAUGCUGUGGGUGGCAAUGAUGGCUCAGUAUCUCUACAGUCAGUAGAGAGGUAUAACCCACAUACCAACAAGUGGACAAAAGUAGCUCCUAUGAACAGACGCAGAGCAGGUGUAGGUGUAGCUGUCGUUGGUCAAUACCUCUAUGCCAUUGGUGGCUUUGAUGACUCUUCCCCACUUAAUUCAGUUGAGCGAUAUGAYCCAUCAACAAAUCAGUGGACCUAUGUAGCCUGUAUGAGUACCUGUCGAGGAGGAGUAGGUGYGGGAGCCAUGGGUGAACGUAUCUGGGCUGUAGGAGGGCACAAUGGUGCUCAAUACCUUGGAUCUAUGGAAUCCUAUGACCCCAUAAGAGAUGUAUGGGAGGGAAGUGCAGAGAUGAGUACCCCUCGUGCUGGCUCAGGUGUUGCAGGUUGUCUUUGUGAUGUAGAGAUGCUKAAAGAUUUGAACUGUCUUGAAAAGAGUGUUAAGACUGAAUAGAGAGGCUAAUCCUUCAUGACAAUCAAGUACCCUACAAAUAGAACAUUUUUUCAACUUGGUAUUCACAUAAUUUAAGUAAGACUGCAAAAUGCAGACAAAAACACAAUUAAAUAAAACAUUUGGAAUUCUGUAAAACAAAAAUUCUUAAAUUUCUUAUCCGAACCUCAAUUUUAAACUCAAUUUUGCUAAAURAUGUAUUUAUUGAAAUGUCAGCUUACCAGUAGUUAUUUUGCAAUGUGCAUUUUUAAAUCUGUAAAUCAUUUUACAGAUGUUUCGGACAAACUAUGAAUGAGAUACAUUAAGAAUUAAGUUUGUAUGGACAUCAAUCAAAGACAGACUCAUUUAACUCAGCUUGUAAUCCACCAGAACUAGACUAUGCCUCGUGCARCUCUUAUGCUUCCUUCAUGCUAAGCAACCUCCUGCGUGCAAUCUUAUUUGAGUUGUAUGCAUACUCAUUUAUGUCCUAACUGUUAAAUAAAUGAAAUGGGGAAACAUCACAUUAUAAAUAAAAUGGGGAAACAUUACACCAAAGUUWAAAAGGUUGUUAGAAAUGGUUGUAAGAGUUUUUGGUAAUAAAAAAAAGUUAAAAACUUAA